AUGGUACAUCUUGUGGCUGUACCAGAGACAAUCACGGCAAGUGGCUGUGCUUGUGUCUUUAUUGACACCAUCUUCCGACUUCAUGGGUUGCCCCGGGAACUCGUAUCAGACAGAGAUCCACGAUCCACUGCUGAUUUCUGGCGUUCCGUGUUCAAAUCACUCGGAACGCGCUUGAAGAUGUCUACAUCUGAUCAUCCAGAGUCAGAUGGUCAUACGGAACGUGCCAAUCGUGUCCUCGAAGAGAUACUUCGAGGAUACGUACACUCCUUUAAGAGUUGGAGUGGGUUUUUGCCAAUGGUAGAGUUUGCCAUUAACAACUCGGUGCAUGCGUCCACGGCACAUACACCGUUUUACGUGAAUGGCUUGCGCCAUCCGCGUGUACCCACCUUACUAGAGUGUAACUCUGGUUUAAGGGGGGGAGGGACUCGCGCGAGCAAAAACCGAUUUGGUCCAUGCUCAUCACGCUCUGACGAAGAGGUCAUUGCGUUUGAUGCCGAUAUCGAUAACAUCGAUAUCGAAGAAGAUGAUGCCAGUGAGGGCGAGGAAGCCCUCACUGAAGAAGAUGAUCCCAGUGAGAGUGCGGAAGCCCUCACUGAAGAAAAGGUUGUUGUUGCUGCAGUGCGCUCACAGCGCACUGAAGCUAACGAGUCAUCAGAUGAGUUCAUACUGGCUCGUGAAACGGUGGUCCGUUUUGUGCAAGACUCCAUCGCCGAAGCGGUGGAUAAGCAAAAGCAAAACGCAGACAAGAAUGGAAGGGCGAACACUCUUUUUUUUAGUAAAGGUGACUUAGUCCUGCUGUCUACGGUUAAUCUACCAAACAUGUAG